UCCAAAUAGCAAACAAACAUGGCCGCGUACAGUAAGUUGACGGCUAGAAAUUCAGCCGUCGCUACAGCUGGUUUAGCGGCCGCUUACUUUGCAUACAGAAAUUACCUGGCAAAGAAAAGAAAAAGAACUCCAAAAGAAGAAAUCAAAGUAGUGAUACAUGAGUCUGGGUCAACUAAAAAAGAACGGGCCGCAGUAGAUGCUGUUUUCUUCAAGAGGCUGCUGAACAUCCUGAAAAUUCUUAUUCCUGGCUGGUUUGUUUCAGAGACAUGGUAUCUGUUAUUGGUAGCUGCCUCGCUUAUCAGCAGGACCUAUGCAGAUGUGUGGAUGAUACAAAAUGGUACAGCCAUAGAAAGUGCAAUCAUUGGUCGGGAUAUGUCAUUAUUUAAAGUCCAUUUAUUCAAGUUCAUAUAUGCCAUGCCAGCAAUCUCUAUCAUAAACAAUUGUUUAAAGUAUGGAUUAAAUGAACUGAAACUGAAGUUCCGUAUCAGACUCACAAAGCACCUGUAUGAUAGAUACCUAAGGGGCUUUACUUACUAUAAAAUGAGUAACCUGGAUAACCGGAUCGCCAAUGCUGAUCAGCUGUUAACUCAGGAUGUGGACAAAUUUUGUGACUCAGUGGCUGAGCUGUACUCAAAUCUCAGCAAGCCUCUUUUAGAUGUAGUUCUGUACACAGCCAAAUUAACAGGAAGUAUAGGAGCUCAGGGACCAGCUGUCAUGCUUGGAUAUCUAGUUAUAUCUGGUCUUAUACUAACGAGAGUUCGACGACCAAUAGGAAAAUUGACCGUUCAGGAACAGAAGCUUGAGGGAGAGUACAGAUAUGUCAACUCAAGACUCAUCACUAACAGUGAAGAAAUUGCUUUUUACCAGGGGAAUCGUCGAGAACAAACCAUAAUACUAGCAACAUUUAAUAAACUAGUAACACAUUUAAAAGAUUUCAUCUUUUUCCGAUUGCAAAUGGGAUUUGUAGACAACAUUAUUGCCAAAUACAUUGCUACUGUAUUUGGUUACCUGGUGGUCAGUCGACCUUUCCUUGACCUUGCCCAUCCACGGCAUCUAAACAGCUCACACAGUGAGAGACUCGAGGAUUACUACAAGAGUGGUAGAAUGUUAGUACGGAUGGCAGAAGCUAUUGGUCGAAUUGUAUUAGCAGGACGAGAGAUGACCAGACUGGCUGGGUUUACUGCUCGUAUCACAGAAUUGAUCAAGGUACUGGACGACAUCAGCAGGGGGCAUUAUGAAAGGACAAUGGUGUCUGAUCAGAAUGGAGGAAAAGAGAAAGUUUCCAGCAAUUUCAAACCAGGUGAUGGGAAAAUCAUCAUCAAAGAUUAUAUCAUUAAAUUUGAUAAAGUUCCACUGGUGACUCCCAAUGGAGAUGUUCUUCUACAGGAGAUGAGUUUUGAGGUGAAAUCUGGAGAAAAUGUGCUUGUUUGUGGACCAAAUGGCUGUGGCAAGAGCUCUCUAUUCCGAGUUUUGGGAGAAUUAUGGCCGCUAUUUGGAGGAACUUUGACAAAGCCAGAAAAGGGGAAGCUUUUUUAUGUUCCACAGCGGCCGUAUAUGACAGUGGGCACACUGAGGGAUCAGGUCAUCUAUCCGGAUUCGCAUGAGGAACAAAUCAAGAAGGGAACUAAAGACUCCGAUCUCCUGGAAAUACUCAACAAGGUCCAGUUGGGAUACAUUCUAGAGAGAGAAGGGGGAUGGAACUCUGUACAGGAUUGGAUGGAUGUCCUCAGUGGAGGAGAAAAACAACGAAUUGCUAUGGCUCGACUGUUUUAUCACCGCCCUCAGUUUGCCAUUUUGGAUGAGUGUACGAGUGCCGUCAGUGUAGAUGUAGAAGGAUAUAUGUACCAGUACUGUAAAGAGGUGGGAAUUACUUUGUUCACAGUUUCACACAGGAAGUCACUAUGGAAGCAUCAUGAGUAUUAUUUGAAAAUGGAUGGACGUGGAACAUAUGAAUUUGGAGAUAUUACUUCAGAGACAACUGAAUUUGGGUCGUAACUGUGAUAUAAACUCAAGAUACCAUUUAUGAUCAGGAACUGAUUUUUGCUGAUCAUGCAUUGUUUUUUAAACUGUGUCUUUAAAUUUGUUAAUUUAUGAAUAUUUGGAUGUUUUUAUGUAUUUGAGUUUUAACACAAGAACAUUAUGUGACGUCAGUACAGGUUUUAAUAUAGCUACACUGGACACUGACAACAUCAGUUUUUAUUAGCCUUUUUCCUUUCUAUGGUAUUUCUGUACAUUUUCAAUUCUACAGGUUUUCUGUAUUUUUCUUAUGGUCUUUUCAUAAGGGAAAUUAAAAAAUAUAUAAUACUUUGAACUGAAUAGGCUCAAAAUAUAGCAAGAAGUUACAAGGAAAAUGAAAAUUUCAAAAAAUACCUGUAUGUACAAUAACAUAUCAAACUGUUUCAUAAUUCUGUAGCAUUAUACCUCUCAAACGUGAAUAAUUUCAUUCUCAGUUGAUUUGACUGAAUAUGAAUUUUUUGUAAAGGAUAUACAGUAAUUUGCAUGAAAGUUGUACAAUUUAUGAAGAGAAAGUAUGUGUUUGAAUACCGGUAAAUUACCAAUAAAACAUCAUAAACUAGAAAAA